AUGGAGACCGCGCCUCCGCGCUCGCCUACGCCUGCGCACUGCAGCCCUGCUACGCUACGACAGCGCCUGGGAGACAGCGUCGUCAACUGCGCCUGCGCCGGCGCACUGCGACUACGGCAACACCGCAAGGACCCAGCACCCAGUGCCCGCGUUCAGAGGAAACCCACACCGUCACUCCACAGACCGCACUUUUGCUGUCGGCUUCAAACAAACUACCUAGCGGGGUCGGGCGGCUCGGGCCCGCCCCUCGGCCGGGGUCGCGCCCGCGGGGUGGGGGGCCCGAGGGGCGGGGCAAUACGGCGGAGUGACAGUUCGCUGCGCCUAUUCGGGGACACGGGCUGCGGCGCUGGCGGGCGCGGUGGGUCUAGGCAGCCAAUGGGGGCUGGGGGCGGCCCGGCCGGCGGGGAGGCGCGGGGAAGAGGGGGGCGGGCUCCAAUCCGGUUCCAUCCGGUUCUCCCACCGCCCCCGCGACGGGUCGCUGCAGUUCGUGUGGUGGCGGCUAGGCAGUGCAGCUCCGUGACAGAUCCGACGUCGCACUUGUCUCCCACCCCGCGCCGCCACGAUGCCCAAGAGGAAGGUGAGCGCGGCCGGUCCACAGCGCCCGCAGGGUUCGGGUCUGGGGGAUUCUGGAACCUUCGGGGACGCGGGCGGCUGGGCGUGACGUCACGCGGCCGCAUUGUUCUCCACUGUGCUUUCUCCUGCAGGUUAACGCAGAUGGAGCGGCGAAGGCGGAGCCCAAGCGCCGCUCCGCGAGGCUGUCGGCCAAGCCCGCCCCUGCCAAGGUGGACGCGAAACCGAAAAAGGCCGCGGGAAAGGAUAAAGCAUCAGACAAAAAAGCACAGAUAAAAGGGAAGAGGGGAGCGAAGGGCAAACAGGCUGAAGUGACUGACCAGCAAACUACAGAUCUGCCUGCAGAAAAUGGAGAGACGGAAAACCAGAGUCCAGCCUCUGAGGAAGAGAAAGAAGCGAAGUCCGAUUAAGCAUCCAUCACGUCUGUCAGUGGUCCCUGCCUCCCUUCUUGUACAAUCCAGAGGAAUAUUUUUAUCAACUAUUUUGUAAAUGCAAGUUUUUUAGUAGCUCUAGAAACAUUUUUAAAAGGUGAGGGAAUCCCACCUCAUCCCAUUUUUUAAGUGUAAAUGGUUUUUUUAAGAGGUUAAAUCAUUUGCUGGUUGUUUAUUUUUUGGUACAACCAGAAAAUAGCAGGAUACUGAAUCAGGAGAGGCUGUGACUGUCUCGGGGGUCACCAUAACAUUC